CGGGAUGCAGCCGAGUCAGCUCCUCCACUCCCCAGUCUCAGGGCAACUUGCCUUGUGGCCCGGGACCCACUCGUCAGUCGUCAGCCCUCGCCGUCCUCCGCCACCGACGACGAUCUCCUCCGCCUCCCUCCACCGAGGCUCCGGUGAACCCUAAUCCAGUCCCACGCCUAGCCAAUCCAAUCCAGCCCAGCCCAUUCCUUCGGCGGCUAGUCUCUCCGAUCCCUCCUGAUGCCACGACCACGAUCCCGCGGCCGGGGCAGAGCCAGAUCCGGUUCCGCGAAGAUGGAUCCGGAAGAGGCCGCCGCCACACCGGCGCCGGAGCAGGAGGCCGGUGCGCCUCCGCAGGAAGAGUCCGCCGCUCCGGAGGAGGAGGAAGAGGUUGCCGCGCCGCCGGAGGAAGAGAAAGAGGUUGCCGCGCCGCCGGCGGAAGAAGAGAUUGCGGCACCGCCGGCCGAGGAAGAGAUUGCGGCGCCGCCGGCGGAGAAAGAGAUUGCGGCACCGCCGGCGGACGAAGGGAAUGCGGGGCCAGUGCACGAAGAGAGUGCGGCGCCAGCGGACGAAGUUAGUGCGGCGCCGGUGGACGGAGAGAGGGCGGCGCCGGUCGACGGAGAGAGGGCGGCGCCAGUGGACGGAGAGAGUGCGGACGCGGUAGCGGUAGAAGACGAAGGGGCGAGCGGGAGUGAGGCGGAGCGGGCGCGCAAAGAGCUCGAGCGGAAGGUCACCGAGCUCAGUAUCCAGAACGAGCACCUCAAGUCCCAGAUCGCCGCUGCGCAGCAGCCAGCGAGCAGCGCCGAGGUGGGGAGAGGCAGUGUGCCGGAGGACGAGGAGGGCUCCGAGCUCGUCAGGAGCUUGAAGGAGCAGGUCCAGAGGCUGAGCAGGGAGGUUCACGAGCAGAAGCAGACGCAGAAGGUCGCGGAGGCGGCCCUCGAGCACGUCAACCUGUCCUACGCCGAGGCCGACGGCAAGGUACAGGAGCUCACGGCCAAGCUCAACCAAGCUCAACUGAAGUUGGAAAAGGAACUAAAAGAACGAGAUGACAAAUAUGUUGAGUUGGAUACCAAAUUCCAGAGGCUUCACAAGCGUGCAAAACAACGUAUACAAGAUAUACAGAAGGAAAAAGAUGAUCUGGAAGCUCGGUUUAAUGAAAUUAACCAGAAGGCUGAGCAAGCUGCUUCUCUGCAAGUAGCUGCACAACAGGAACUGGAACGUGCUCGUCACCAGGCUAGUGAGGCUUUACGUGCAAUGGAUGCUGAAAGACAGCAAUUGCGGACUGUGAACAGCAAGUUAAGAUCAAAUUUUGAUGAGACACGGCUUGCUUUGGAGGCCAGGAACAAUGCCCUUGAGAAGUUGCAACAGUCGAUGCUUGAAAAAGAGCAGAUGCUAGAGCAAAUCCAAGGAUCAAUGCAGUCUGCGGAAGAAAAGAGGCAUGCAUCAGUUUCAGAGCUUGCUACUAAGCACCAGAAGCAAUUAGAGAGCUUGGAAGCACAGCUAGCUGAGGUUUCCGCAGAGCGGACAAAGGCAUCUGAAACGAUUCAUUCACUGCAGAUGGUACUCGCAGAGAAAGAUACAGAAAUAACUGAAAUUGAAGCAGCAUCAACCGGUGAAGCUGCCCGACUUAAAGCUACCUUGGAGGAGAUUAAAGGCGAGCUUGCUCAUCUAAAAGGUCAACAUGAAAAAGAAAGGCAACUCUGGGAAGCAGAACAUGAAUCCCUUAAGGAAAAAUUGGAAGCAUCAGAAAGUGCAUGUCGUAGAUCUGAGAUAGAAUCUGACAAAGUUAGAUGUCAAUUGGAGUCAGAGUUGUCAAGACAAAAUCAAUUGCUUCAAACCAAAGGUUGUGAUCUAAUUUCUGCAAAGGAGGAGAUCAGUCGAUUGGAAAGUGAGUUUUCUGCGUACAAGAUCCGUGCACAUGCACUUUUGCAAAAGAAGGAUGCUGAGCUGAGCACAGCUCAAAAUUCAGAUUUGGUUAAAGCACAUGAAGAAGCAAUAAGAGAAGCUGAAAAGGAGGUGGCAGCUGCCUUAGAGGAACGAGAUGAAGCCAUCCAGGACCUUCAAGCUGCUCAAUCCAGGCACCGCGAAGAGAUUGAGGCAAGGGAUUUGGCUCUUGCUGAUGUGGACAAAAAACUAAAGAAUGUCAUGAAAACAUUAGAUUCUGUUACUUCUCAAUUUCUCUCAGAAAAAGAAUCAUGGGAGAAAGAUUUGGCAAGUCUAGAGGAAAGCUGGAGAUUAAAAUGUGAGUCUAUGAAGGAUCAGAGUAAUGGCCAUGUUGAAGACCACCUUCAGAAGAAUCUAGGGGAGUGGACACUGAAAUAUGAGAAAUUAAAGGAAGAGCACGAAUCGUUCCGUGAUAUUUCUGAUAGAAUGAUUGAAGAGAAGGAACGAGAGAUAGCUAAACUCCUCAAGGAAAACAAGGAUCUUCAUCAUUCAUUAGAGGCUAAAGCAGCAGUCAGCAAUGGUGAGAAUCAAAGCCCAGGACAUGUUAAACAGGAUGUACUGAGCAUUGAAUUGGCUGAGCAGCAAAUUCUGCUUCUUGCACGACAACAAGCUCAAAGGGAAGAAGAAUUGGGCCAGUCACAGAGGCAUAUCUUAGCGCUUCAACAAGAAAUUGAGGAGCUUGAGCGUGAAAACCGUCUUCAUGAUCAGCAGCAAGCAAUGCUGAAGACAGAGCUUCGGAAUAUGGAGAGAUCACAAAAGCGGGAAGGAAUAGAUAUGACAUAUUUAAAAAAUGUGAUCUUAAAGCUUCUUGAAACAGGGGAAGUGGGGGCCUUGCUACCUGUGGUUGCGACGCUACUACAGUUCAGUCCUGACGAGCUCAACAAGUGCCAACAUGGUGUCCUCUCAACUGUGGCUUCUUCGCCAGCCACUGCAUUGUCAGAUGGUGGAUCCACACCAAACUCGUUCUUUGGAAGAUUCACAUUCUAGUAGUGGUACAAGACAGUGGUUGUGAAGAUCCGCAGGGUGAUCCAUAUAUCCCAGCAGUUUUACUGAUUGUAGAAGGUGACAUUCUUUUGUUUGCGGGCUUCCCAUGUCUUGUUACCUUCUGUAAAGCAGUGUAUAGAAAACCAUAACUAUAUAUGAUUUCGCUACAAGCAGUUUCAUGCUCGAAGUGAAAAUCUUUUUUCUGUAGAAAUUGUUGUACAAUUACAUAACACUUUAGGGCAUUCUUGAAUCAUACUACUAAUUUGGAAAUUUUGGAUUA